AUCGGAAGACAUGAUGUCGAACGACGUACCAUUCAACAGCGCAUCGAGCCGCACCGUCUGCGAGGAUGUAAAUAAAGCGCCGCUUAGCUGACCAGCUCUGGCCGAGUGUGAGCAUCGCCUGUGCGAGACUUGCAAUAUGCGUGUUGUCGAAUGCGCGACGACAAUCGGCCCGUCGAGCAACUACCAAAGAUGAACGUUCCAUUGUAUGGCGUUCUCGGAGCUGCCGCGAUUCUACUUGCUUACAUCCUCGGCAUAGAAACGAUCGCAAAACUCCUCGUAUGCUUGCUGGCGUUAAUUUUAGGAACAUUGAUAUGUAUAUAUCGAACGUACUCACCGAAUCUCGACAAUGUAAUUAAGUCUGAAAGAAAAGACAUAACUAAGAAGACUGAAAAGUUCCGGCAGUAUAUAUUAGAUCUGUCUAAGGAAAGAAUGACAUUCACAUUAGAUAAGAGAAUAACUGGUAGCCGUAUCAUUGAUGAAUCCCUGCAAGAAAUCUUAGAUUUUUUAAUCAGAGAUUAUGUGGAACCAUGGUACAGUGUUGUUACAGAUGAUGAAGAAUUUAUAUAUUCUGUUCGAGAUACUGCUCAGAAAAUCGCCAUCAAUGUCGCAAAUCGGGUCAAGAGCGUCGAUUGGAUACCCUACUUGACUACGCGACUCGUUGACGAUGCAGCUUCGCAUGUCAGGCUGUAUCGACAAGCAAGCGCAAGGAUGAAGCAAUUACGAUCGAACAGGAUUCAAAAAGAUAGUGCCAGCUCGAGCACGUCAAGUGGAACGCCAAAGAAGACACCGACUCAUCGCCGAAACAAGAGCGAGACCGAUGUGUCCUGGUAUUCGCAGUCGAAAUUGUAUAUACCCAAUUUAUCGUCGCUCACCGAGCCGAUCGAAUCAACCGGCGAAGAAAAGGAAGAUGAAUCACUGGAGAAGAUAUUCUUUGAUCUCGAGGUGCAGAUGGAGAAUAAUUUGAUCUGCAGGGACUUAGUAUGCACGAACGACACCCAGGAAUUGGAUUUUCUGGGCGAAAUAUCCGAGAUUCUGUUGUACCUGGUGCUACCCAAGGCAGACUUCGAUUGUUUGACUGUGAGAUUUAUUUUAAGGGAGCUGUUAGUCAACGUUAUAAUCAGACCGUUGUUGGAUCUGUUUUCCGAUCCUGAUUACAUUAAUCAGGCAUGUAUAUGGCUGUGUACCAAGGAGGGCAGUUUACCAAGUGAUAUCUUUUUAACAGUAAUUAGAAUAACGGACAAUUUAGACGAAUUAUUGGCGACGAAAAAUAUAGUUUGUAAAGAAAUAGCACAUUUACGUUCGAAAGAUUCAGGUGGAGAUGACGAUCUGUCAGUGAAGCAGCAAUUGAACAGUCUGCUUUAUGUGAAAAAAAUCCUAGAAGCGAGAAUCAUCGGUAUGCAGGAGGGCUUGGAAACAGAAACGGAUGGGAUUGGCGUUCAACCGGAAUGGAACAGAUUGCUCAUACCAGGCCAAAAACUAGUUAACUUGCCGUUAGACGAGUUGCUAAAGAACAAUAUUGCCCUCAGUUAUUUCAUCGAUUAUAUGACCUCCAUAAAUGCGGAAGCAUACCUGUUCUUUUAUCUGAAUAUCUACGGAUGGAAAGUAUCGGCCGAACAACAAAUAUCGGACAUAGAACUGCAGAAGAUUCAAAGUGCACAGUCCGGCGGUCCAAGUGUGAUCGGCACUAAGCGCAAGAACACAGAUCUGGAUAACCUAAAAGAAGCGGCCACGAAAAUUUACCAGCAAUAUCUCAGCGACAAAGCAUCGCCCAAGCUGCAACUGGACGACACGUUAGUGAAAAAUUUGUUAAUCAAGAUGAAGACAGAGUCGGUCAAGGAGACAUGGUUCGACGAACUACGAAAUUGCUGCUACGAAAAGCUGCAGAAUGAGGACAGAUUCUUACCAGGCUUUAAAAGAUCGCUAGCUUACGUAAAGUUGCUCGCCGAACUGGAUCUACUAAAAGAUCCAGUUUCUGAAGACGAUGCAAAAUCCUUGGAUAGCAUAAGCUUGUCCAGUACGAACAACGAAUUGGAUACUUUGGAAGAAUUGUCCGAGACGUACGACGCGAAAUCUGUUUCGACCGCGAAAGAAGGCACUAAGAAAUCGAAUUCCUCGACAAACUUAACAAGUGUAGGAGAGGCGAAUGAAGAUAGAAUGGCCGACGAGGUUGACGCAGACAUGAACAAUCUCAAAGGCGUGAAAAAUGUCCAUAAGGUAUCCGCAGAGAUGGAACAAAUCGAUGAAAAGAAAGAUGUUUCAAUUUAUAUGGAAACAAACGCGGAACAAUUCGUCAAGUUAGAUGAGAACAACUACGAUCAAAAUGCAAUCAAGAAACUGCAGCAGGGUCGCUUCGAGAUCACUGCCACGAUAAUAGAAACUGGUAUUGUCAACGAUCGCGGGAAAACAUAUGGCAUAUACGCCAUAGCGGUUACGAAAAACUAUGACUCGGGUUAUAAGGAGAAAUGGCACAUCUAUAGACGAUAUUCCGACUUCUACGAUUUGCAUCAGAAGAUCAAGGAGAAAUAUUACGAUUUAGCCAAAAUACCUUUCCCCGCGAAAAAGGCUUUCCACAAUAUGGAACGCACCGUGUUGGAAAGACGAAUGUUGAUGUUGAAUGCUUGGUUGUGUCAACUGACAAAACCUGCAAUUGUCGACGGUCACAUGGGAUUACAGAAUUUAUUAUUAGCCUUUUUGGAGCAAGGAGAUUAUGACAAAGGAGUUACCGGCGGACAGAUAUCGAGAACGAUAGAUACUUUAAUGAAUCCUUUAAAGACAUCUAUGAAAAACGUUACACAGGCAGUCAAAACGAUGCCGGAUAAUAUGUUGAAUACAGUGGACGGCGUAAUGGACAAUCUCAGCAAAUUUUUCGGCAAUUCCAAGAAGACGAGUAUGUUUUACGAGAACACCAAAGUCGGUGCCAGUCUCGAUACAGAGACUGACGAUAACAUACCCUUGCGAAUUAUGUUGCUAUUGAUGGACGAGAUCUUUGAUCUGAAAGUGCGAAAUCAAUGGUUAAGACGGCGCAUCAUAACACUGCUCCGCCAAAUCAUUCGCACAAUGUUUGGGGAUAUAGUUAACAGGAGAAUAGUGGAGUACGUAUCAUUCUUGACCAGCCCAUCGAAAGUUGCGGGAUAUUUGCGCUUGUUCAAGAAUAGUUUCUGGCCGAACGGCGUAAAAGUCGAGAGUAAGCCGCCGCGAGACACGGAAAUGAAGAACAGAACACGAGUGGCAGCUAAGGUAGCUUUGCUUUCGUGUCUUUCGGACGAACUGAAACAUAUCAUAGGUAGCGAAACGACAAGACGCGGCUUGUUGAGAGUGUUCGAGUUGUUUCAGCGGCCCAUAUUAAAUAGAAGACUGUUAUAUGUGUUGCUGGAAGGUGUCGUGGAGACCCUGUUCCCGCAGAACAAUCUUGUGACGGUUUUCAGGAAGUUAUAUUCAGUGUCACCGAGGGUAAAGAGUAAAAGCAAAACGAGAUCCUGAUGGAAGAACAGGACGGACUAAUGUCCGGAUGCAAUAGUGUGAGAACGAAUACACAGUCAAACUAACUCGUGAGGUUAAGAAUCUCGAUUUUGUUAUCGAUCUUGAAUAAAGAUACAUCAAUUCUUUAGAUAGCUUAGAAAUUUACGAUAUUAAGAAAAUAUUCUCAUGCAAAAUGUCCAAUAUAAGAGAAAUUUUAUUAUUUAAAAUAUUUGUAUCUAUGACUCAUUGAGCUCUUAUUCGAUUUUUAUUUUUAGUUUUUUUUUAUCUUUUUAUCUCUACACGACAAGCAUCUGAAGAUUGAUAAAAUAUUCCUACUAUUUCUUUCAGAAACGCAAACAACUACGCAGGUAUCUCGAUUUCCGUGUACAAUUAAAUUUCCUUAUCUAUUUUUUAGAGAAAAAUUUCUUUACUUGUUUAUCUUUUAUUUUACAUAGCAAUGUGUGAGGAUGCUAAUUGUAACAUGUACUUAAUAUACAUAUAUCUGUGUAUGUGAGAGAGUUUAUAGUGAAUUGUAUCCACAAUGUCCAACUUUUUAUAAUUUUUUAUUUUUUUCCAUUUUCUGUUUCCAAAAUGCAAAGUAUUUAAGCUCUUAUUGAACGCAGACUUUCUGAUAUUCUAUAAAAUGUCCACACUGUGAUUAAGUGUCAGUUCAAUAUUUCAACGACUAAGCUAGCGAUAGCUUAUUUGAGCUCAAUGGGUUUAUGAGACAUCAAUCGUUACGCUUAUUGAGAUAUUACUGGAUGUCGUUUAUUCUCUUCGAACAGUCCUUUGAACUGCAAUGCGAAAUGCAUAUGUACGCUAUUGUAACGGAUACCCGUCGCGCCUACAGCUUCCGACAGGGAACAAAACGAAAGUUAUACACUUUCAUAUCUUGAUGAUUUAUAUGUUCAACGAUGCACACGGAAAAGUUCCAUCCUAUUGAGUCUCCUGUUAGUUAAUCAGCGCCAGAAUCAUUUCUAAUGGAAUAAUAUAAUGGAAAUAUCCUUAAAUUAUUAAAAUAAAACUUCUAAGAAAUUGUUUCAAUAGUUUCAUUAAAAUUUAAUUAUAUAUAAAAAAAUACAUAAAAAUAAAUAAACUUUUUCUUAAAAUAAGAUAAUGUUCUAGAUCCAUAAAAAUUAUUUUGAUAUUUUAUUAAAAGACUAAAAUAUAUAUCAAAUUAAAUAAUCUUAUAGCUUCUUCUUAGAAUUCUUUUUUGUUAGAUCACCUAAGUAGAUCAUUUUCUUGAACUAAAACAUUGAAUAUACCGAAGAAAUCAUUAGCGCAAUGAGAAAAACAGAUGGUGUAGAACUUUUCCGUGAUAUGUGCAAUUAUUUUAAGUGAUCUAGUGGCCAAAAAAUACGAUAUUCAAUACGAAUUUCAAUAUCGAUAUAUUACGUAACCGAUCUGCAACUCGGACUGCUAUUCUUUCAUCGGUAUUAACGUAGGAUAUAAUAUAAAACAAAAUAAGAAAAAAAACUCGCGAAUUCCUUGUGAUUACCUCGUAGGAAAAUGCAAUAAGAUUCACAGAAACAUUCCACUCGCAUUUUAAGUUAUUAUUACACCGGGUAAUUAGUUAAUUAUUCUUUUUACAAAAAUGUAGGGAAACUAUAACGUAUUACGUAGAUAUAUAAAGAGAACACUAUACAUCACUCAAUUUACUUAACUUGUAGACGAUGCAAUCAAUUUAGACAGAUAAUACAAUUUAUCGCAGACGUUAUAUACUUAAUUAUUUAUGUUGAAAUUAUACUCGAUAAUUUAUUCGUGCCAUUCGCGCUCGAGUACCUAUUUCUGUAUUUACUUAUCAGUAAAAAAUUAUUAGCAACAAUCUCGAACAGCAAUCUUCGAAAAUCUGUAAAAAUUUAGGAGGGACUUCCUUUGUCGAAAAUAUAAAAUGCAAUUGUAUAAAAUUGUUAUACAUCACUCCAUCAUACGUCUGUAUAUAGAGUUAUCUCAUGUUAAAACACGCCAUACACUUAUCAUGUUCACUUAUUAAAGGAACUAUUUAUAA